CCUCCUCAGCCCUUCACCCGACACUCGACAGCGGCAUCGCGUAGCACAGACCGCGCCGCUCACACAUACACGUCAGCCGCGCGCCUGCACCUCUGCCUGCCGCCGCCGCCGCACUCCGGCGCCAUGUCGAGCAAGACGGCCACGCGCGACGCGGCCACGAAGCAGCUGCGGGCGCUCACCAACGCCACCGCCGCCGACGCCACGCGCCUGCUCAAGGCCGCCGGCUGGCGCCUCGACGCCGCCAUCGACGCCUUCUACCAAGACGCCGACGCCGGCCGCCGCGCAGAGGCGGCGCAGGGCGACUCCAAGGAGGAGAAGGAGAAGAAGCGGCGCCUCGAGAAGGUGUUUGAGGAGUUCGCCGAGGAUGACCCGCAGGAGAUCGGCAUUAGCGGCGCCAUCGCACUCUGCUCCUCACUCGAGAUCUCGCCCGAGGAUGUCGUGAUGCUGCCGCUCUCCUUCUACCUGCGCUCGCCGUCGAUGGGCCACUUCUCGCGCAGCGGCUUCGUCGAUGGCUGGCGCGAGCUGGGCGCCGACUCGCUCGAGAGCAUGAAGGAGGCACUGCCGCCGCUGCUGGAGGACCUGCGCGGCGACCGGCCGGUGAAGGGCAAGCUGGCGGGCGAGGGCAAGGGCGGUCUCUUCGCGCGGGUGUAUGAGUGGUGCUAUGCCUACGCACGGGACGAGGGACAGAAGAGCCUGUCUCUGGAGACAGCACUGGCCUUCUGGCGCCUGCUGAUGCCGUACUCGCCCACGUGGGGGCCGGAGAGCUUCACGGAGCGGCAGCUCGACAUGUGGGAGAAGUUUUUGACCACACAGACGGGCGGGCGCGCCAUCAGCCGGGACACAUGGACGCUGCAGUUUCUGGAGUUCACGCGGGAGAUCGACCCGGACUUCAAGAGCCACGACUUUGACGGUGAGAGGAGGGCGCGAUGCAGGAACACAGCAAGCACAGCUGACAGCUGCACCCCGUCAGCGGCAUGGCCGUCUGUGAUUGAUGACUUUGUGACGUGGGCGCAGGAGCAGCCGGCCGAGGCCAUGGACACGGACUGA